CCGAUUAUGGCACAUAGGGAUUUCACAAGAGAAAGAAGAGCCAUAGAGGACUGUUCAGGCCUCCGGAAAGAUCUUGAUGAGAUGAAGAUUAAAUGUAGGGAUUCUUAUCAAGUAGCGAAGAACAAUAUUGAUGGUCUUAAAAGCGAGCUGAAUGGUCUUGUUAAACAAAUCAGUACCAGUCCAGCCAAGGAUGUCUUAAACAUUCUCCAGAAAGUCAUUGACCUACAGGAGCUGGAUGCGAUAAUAAGCACUGAGAGAGAUGCCACAAAGAUUGAAAGACUGGACAAGCGUCGAAAGGAUGCAGAGAGAGACUUAGCAGGGAUGAAGACAGAAUUCUCAGGAAGUGAAGAAAUUUUCGAGCGGGCAGUUUCAAAGAUAAGCACAGAGACACUGAAAAGCGAUAAGGCAACCUCAACACCUCUUAAUGAAUUAAAGAAAUAUCUGGAAGACAAGCUCCAACAACCAGGGGAAAAAGGUGGCAUUACAGACCAGGUGCUGCAGAUUGUUAUAUUGCAAAUUAAAGCAAUGGAACUGAAGACGCGUAUCUCUGGUAAAUUUAAGACGCAAGCGCAGAUGGAUGUAAUUAUAAGCAAACUGGAGUAUAAAAAUGGCCUUCUAUCAGAUCUGAAAGAGGAACGAGAAGUGAGGAGAGAAAACAGAGAAAAAAUUGAUAUACUCAUAGCAGCACUGGAGAAAGAAAUAUUAGAGCUGAAUGGCAAAUUAUCAGCUCUUAAACAAAUAUUUGUUCAGCUUGAUGAACAGACAAAUGAAUUUGAUGGGAAAAGAAUAGAAAUAAUGGACAAAAUUGCCAAAUUUAAGGGAAAAGAUGAGAUAAUUUCUAGAAUUCUUAAACUCCAGUUUGAAUUUAUGGAGGCACUAAUUACGGGACAGGGACAAAUGAAAGCAGACGAAUUUAAGAUAAAUGAUCUCCAGAAAGAGCUUGGAAAGGAACAGGACAGGGCAUUAUAUCUGGAUGCUGACAACAAAAGUUUACGCAAAAAGUUGUUUGUCCAGACAGAACAAUGCAAAGACCUGAUGGAUCUGUACAUGAAUGCAGAAGCUGAACUGGAUAUUCAAGUAAAUAAUAUAUUAGAUAAAACCUCAAAGGCAGCUCUCCAGAUUAUUUUGCUAGGCUUCGAAAUAGACCAAAUAAUGAAGCAAAUUAAAGCAUCCUCAUCUAAUGACGAUUUGAAGCGAAUACGGGAUGAAAAACUCAAAGAACUGAUGUUGAAAAAGGAGGAACUUAAGAAAAGUGACGCUAGCUCUGAAAAAAUUCUUAAAGUGAUAUCGCAGAUGGAGGAAAUCUGGAAGAUACAGAGUGAAGAUCCAGACAACUUAAAUCAAAUCAGCAAUCUGCAGAAGGAUCUCCUGAACUUGAUAAGCAAAUUAGAUGAUAAAAUGGCUUCAAAACCAAUGCUGAAAAUCAUUGCUCUCCAGUCUGAUGUUACCUGGAUAAGAGAAAUGCUGAAAACUGUGACUACACAGGCUGAGAUCCAGAAAGCUGAGCUUCAAAAGGCACUGGAUGACGUAAAACGUUUGCUGAAUGAAAAAAACAAAGAGCUGGCUGCUGCGACCGGUGAUGUCAGUCAGAUACAGAAAGAUAUUGCUGCACUGAAGAAAGAAGUUUUGACAUUGCAAAUCCAAAAAGACACAACUGAAAGGAAUGCGAUGCAGAAGAUUAAAGAUCUUCAAGAUAAACUAAAACAGAGUGACGAGGCAUUGGAUGAUGCCAAUAAAUCACUAAAAGAGAAGAAUGCCACACUAUCACAACAAAUUACAAAGAUCAACAAUCUCUUAGACGAAGUGAGAACCUUGAAACAACAAGUGCAAGAAAAAGGAUCCCAAGUAAAUGCUAGAAUAGCUGGUCUUAAAAGGAGCCUAACGAUGAAGGAGGAGGAAAAUGCCAAAAUUCGUGCUGAGAAUGAAAAGCUGAGAAAAGAUUGUGUGGACACUGCUGAAUGCCCUGAACUCCAGAAAAAAUAUAACGAAAUGCAGGCUGAAUAUAACAAUACCAUUUCUAAGCUGAACAAUGACAUUCUUAAGAAGGCUUAUAUCAUUAAAAGUCUAAUGGAUGAAGUUCAGUACCUGGAUGAGCAAACCGCACAAGGAUUCCCAGGUAAUGAAGAACUGAAGCUAGAACUUGAAGAAAAGAAAAGAGAAUUGAAGGAGGCAAAGCAGAAAUUGCAUGCUGAGGGAUCCAUAUCAGCCAAAACUCUGGAUGUACUUGAGUUGUUAACUAAUAUAGGGAAGCUUCAAGAAAAUCCAACUGAAGACAAUUCAGAAAAGAUCCGCAAACUGGAAGCUCAAUUAAAUGGUUUGCUGGCUGAGUUGCAAAACUCUGGAGAGAAAGGGCUUGGACUGGCCUUGAAAAUAAUGUCUAUAAAGGAAUCAAUGUCUAAACUAAAACAAGCACAAGCACAAAUACAAGAGAAAUAUGCAAAGGAAAUCAAUGGAUUAAAGAAUCAAAUAGAGAACAAAGAAAAAGAGAUUUUGCUGUUGCAGGCUAACUGUGAACUGUCAGAUAAGCUGAAGGACAGGAUACAAAACCUAGAAAAGGAGCUAGAGGAAAGCAAACAAAAUGUUAAAAAACUGCAACAAGAAUCAAACGAUAAGAUUGCAUCACUACAGAAACAACUGAAAUCAAAGGACCAGCAGCUUGCUAACACUGAAGAUCAGCUGCAAAAGACAAAUGCUGAAAAUGCUGCUUUGAUCAAACAGCUGAACAAUCUGAAUGAUGACUUGAAGAAACUCAAAGAGGAGAAAAAUAAGGCACUGCAGAAUGCAAAAGAAGAAAUUGACGGUUUAAAAGAGAAAUUGCAAAAACAGGAAAGAGCACUUACUGAAAAGGAUUGGUACCUGAGGGAGAAAAAUGAAGUCAUUUCUGCAUUGAAAAAGCAACAGGACAAUAUGAAGGGCGAGCUUGAAAAAGUAAAGAACAAAAACAAAGAGCUAGAGACAGAGCUUAAAGCAAAGGACCAGCAACUUGCUAAAACUGAAGCCAAACUAAAGGAAAUAAAUGCUGAAAAUCAAGACUUGGUUCACAAGCAGAAGAAACUUGAAAAGGAACUACAAAAAAUUACAGGGGAGAAAAAUGAAUUACAGGAAGAAAUCUCUGAUCUAGAAAAGACAUUGGAAGCAAAAAAACAAGAACUUGCUAAGAAGGACCAGAAACUCCAGGAGAAGGACAAAGAAGUUGCUACACUGCAAAAGGAAAAUGCAGAUACAAAGGCCGAGCUUAAAGAAGAGAGAAAAAAAAUAAACGGUGUGAUCAAUGAGAACGAGAAACUUAGACAAAACCUGGAUGAGACUAAAAAGAAAGUAGAGGAACUUAAGGAAAUUAUAAGUGAAAAAAAAGAACCUCCUAAGAGUGAAUGGCCGAGGUUUGAUGCAAACACUGCCCACCGCAGACUCAUCUUGUCACAGGAUGAGAAAGAAGCACGUACCUCUUUAUUCCCUCAGCCUGUACCUGACAGUCUUGAGCGCUACGACACAGCUAUUGCAGUUCUGGGAAAAAACGGAUUUGAUUCUGGAAAGCAUUACUGGGAAAUAGGGGUGAUUGGAAGAAAUUGUUAUGUUGUGGGUGCAGCCAGGGCAUCCGCUCAGAGAAAAGGUAUUUUGAGAUAUGGCCCUUCAGCUGGCUAUUGGGUUAUUCAGAAGAAUAGAGGUUCAAAACUUUUUGCCAAUGCUGACAGGCUUGUCCAUCUACAAGCUGAGGAACCGUCUGUAAUUGGGGUCCAGUUGGAUUUUAAAAAUAAUAAGGUAACUUUUUAUAAUGCAGAAAAAAAGCUUGAAAUCUUUAGCUUCACUGGCAAUGAGCUGCAGGGGGAAAUCCAUCCAUUUGUUGAAACCUGCAGUGAUACUAAUUUAAAUGAGCCUCCCUUGAUCUUAAAGAAAACUCAAUCCACAGACUGGCUCAAGCAGUGAUCUCCAUGUAUUAGUCCAUGUACUCGAUGUCUGUUUUUGUAUCCAAAGAAAAUGCUUUCUGCUUUGAUAUCUUGGCUUAUUGCUACUCUCAACUGCAUGCUUGAAUGGCAUCUUUCAUUUUAAUAAAUCAUCUAUAUUUCAGAAACAUAAAAAUGUAUCUAAUAUGUUGGUGUCUUUUUUAACAUUUAAAUGGAUGAUUCAUGCAGAAAUGCAAAAUCUGUCAGCAUUUACUCACCCUCAUAUUGACCUACUUUCUUACUUGGAACAUUAAAGGAGAUACUUUGCAAAAUGUCUCAGUGUUUUUUGUUCAUACAGUGGUAUGGACAAGUCAAUGGUAGCCAGAACUGUUUGCUUGUCAACAUUCUUCGAAAUAUCUUCUUUUAUGCAGAAGAAACAAACGCAUACAGGACUGGAAUGACAUGAGGGUCAGUAAACAAUGACAAC